GUGGAGUGGUCGGACGGCCACGCCAGUCGCUUCCACGCCAUGCACCUCCGCGCGUGGUGCACGUGUCCGCAAUGCCAGCACAGCACGGGCCAGCGCCUCGUCAACAUUUCCGACAUCCCCACCAACCCUGUCAUCCAGCGCCUAGCCGUCACAACGGACGGCCUCGCGAUUGAUUGGGACGACCAUCACAGUGUCUUUGCGCCAGCGUACGUGCGGUCGCUCUGCCACUCGAACCACGACAAGCCCAACCCGGCCACGCGCCCGACGCCGUCAACGACGCCUGUGACGCCGAUCGAGCACGACGCCAUCUUGAGCGAGGACGGCAUGCUGACGCUCCUCGAGACGAUCAUGACGUCUGGAUACGCGCUCGUACGCAACGUGCCGUGCGAUGCUGGCGAAGUGCAGCGGUUUGCCGAGCGGAUUGCCCCGAUCUCGCACUCGUGCCUCUACGGCUCUGUCUUUGACGUGGUCGCCGAGCACGACCCGGUCAACAUUGCGUACACGGCCGAGCGUCUCAAGCUGCAUUUGGACCUCGCGUACUACGAGUCGCCGCCGGGCCUGCAAUUUCUGCACGCCCUGCGCUUUGAUACGACGGUCGCGGGCGGCGAGUCGACGUUUCGCGAUACGUUUGACGCAGCGGCGACGCUCAAGGCGCGGCACCCAGAGCACUUUGCCACGCUCACGCGCGUGCCUGCGACGUUCCAGAAGAUCCAUUUGCACCGCGCGUCGCCCGCCAUCAUGGAGUACCAGCGGCCGCACAUCACGCUCGACCACCACGGCGAGGUCAACGGCGUCUUUUGGAGCCCGCCGUUCGAGGGCCCGUUGCGCAUCGCCCAAGGUGACGUGGAAGCCUACUACGCUGCGUACCGGGCGUUCGAAGCCAUCAUUGAGCGCGAAAACGUGAUCGAAUUCAAGCUCGCGCAAGGCGACCUCGUCGUCUUCAACCAACGCCGGAUGCUGCACGGCCGCGAGGCGUUCCAGCCCACGUCCGACGGUGUCCGGCACCUGCAAGGCACGUACGUCAACAUUGACGACUACUCGUCCAAGUACGAAGCGCUGCGCUACAAGCUCACGGGCACGCGAGGCGCGCGCCGCCUUGGCAACCAAAACCACCUCUAACGUUGUAGCAGCACUACACUUGUGUCUUAAGCAAUCUUUUUGUUGGCCAGCUUGCUCGCGGUUUCCAGCCUGCGCUUCAAGUUGCGCUCGCG